AUGGGCAACAACCCUUCCAAAGGCCCGGUCGGCGACGCGCCGCCGGCUCAUUCUAGCCACCACUCAGGAGAAAGAAAAGUCGCCCGGAGAACUUCUCUCAAUGCGAUCUCUAACAGUAAGGCCACGGUGGCUGACCCCUCGGCCACUAAGGAGACUGCCGCCGGCCACUCGGCAACAUACCAGGGUUCCGUCCAACAGCGUCUCCAGUCUCGAAACGUACCCGAAAGCUCUCCCAAGGAAAUAGAAAGACCGGCGAGACACGAUGCACCGAGACCGGAGCCUUCUCAGAGCAAGGACAUCCCAUCCCGGGACCACUCCAACCCGGUACAAGUUCCGAGCGCGCGCCAGGCUCCGGGGCGCGACCCUGUGGCACCAUCUGCCCCGCCCCUCAACUCAUACUAUAGCGCAUCAGCACAUUUGCAACGUCCGCCGCGGUUGCCAUUGCCAAUUGGUGAUGCUAAUACUACCCCCGGAUCGCCAAUGGGCCCAGAGGACUCGCAUAUCCAGUCGCUCCCCACAGACCAGCUUCUAGACGAUCAACUGGAAAAGAAUACCACGGCCCUAGGCAAUACUACAAUUGAAGAGGAGGAGUUGAUUGAUGAGCUCCAGCCCUACACUAUCAGCGGAGUGGGCAAGGCUGUCCCAGUCGUCAUAGAAUGGACUGCUCCUGCUCAGAAGGUCUACGUUACGGGAACUUUCGUUAACUGGGAGAAGAAGUUCCGUUUACACAGAAGUGAAAAUAACCCGUCCGUUAUGUCUACUACGUUGAACCUCCGACCUGGCACGCACCACCUGAAGUUCAUUGUUGAUGGAGAAAUGCGCGCCGCGGAUAGUCUUCCAACUGCUGUGGAUUUCACUAACCAUUUGGUCAAUUACAUUGAAAUCAGCGCAGAUGACGCUCAUGACAGGGACUCUGGCAUCCAGCCGGGGGCCCACCCCCCUCAAACUGUACCAGAUUCGUCCAAGCAAGACCAGUCAAAAGGACCCGAAGACAACUGCGAGCCGAAAGAUGAUUCUGAAGAUGAAGAAGUACCCCCAGGUGACUUUGGUAGUGCCAUUCCUCAAUUCCUUGCCGAUCUCGACAAAGAGGAGGAAGACCCAGCCUAUGUGCAAGCUGCCAAUGUAAUUGGAGACACAGCUACCCCACCUAGUCUGCCUCUGUUCUUGGGCAAAUCAAUUCUCAACGGCACAACUCCCAUGAAAGACGAUAGCAGUGUUCUCAAUUAUCCUAAUCACACUGUCUUAAACCACCUUGCGACAAGCAGUAUCAAGAAUGGUGUUCUUGCUACUAGUGUCACAACGAGAUAUAAGCGGAAAUAUGUCACGACUAUCUUGUACAAACCGACUGGUGAUAUCACAGAUUGA